AUGCGCAUCGCGCUCGUCGCGCUGGCAGCGGCGCUGGCCGCGCCGCCCGACGACGACGCAGCGGCGCCGCCCGACGGCGACGCCGCCGGCGUCGACUGGCAGCGGCGGCGCGUCGUGCGCGUCUUCGCGAGCCCCUUCGCCGGGUCGAACGAGGCGCCGGCCUACGCCAUGACGGACGCGCUGGGCCGCGGCUACACCUGCGGCCUCGACGGCGCGGCCGUCGCGAAGCGGCGGGGCGCGGGCGCGGCGCCGUCGGCGGCCGCGUCCGCGAUCGAGGGCUACAAGGCCUGGCGCGACUCGUCGCGCGAGUGCGCGGCGCUGGCGCUGAAGGAGGAGUACUGGCACUACGAGCUCUGCCCCGGCCGGUCCGCGCGGCAGUUCAAGCCGCCGAAGCCGCGGCCGCGCGGCGGCGCCGCCGCGCCCGGCGCGAGCCACGCGCUGGGCGCGUUCUCGUCCGCCGCGGGCGAGGCGUCGCUGGAGGAGGUCGCGGACGUCUUCGGCGACGUCGCGUCCGUGACGCUGCCGCCGGCCGUCGACGGCGCGCCGCCGCGGACGGCGCACGUCGAGCUCUACGAGCGCGGCGACGGCGGCCGGCGCCUGCUCGCGUACGUCGUCUGCGGGCUCGUGCACGUCGGCGCGGCGUCGAGCCGCCGCGGGUCCCUGGACGCCUACGGCGACGACGACGACGCGGACUGGGCCGACGCCGUGCGCGUCGCGCGCGUCGUCGAGGGCCCGCAGUUCACGUACCGCGCGCUCGUCGCGUCGCCCUUGGCCUGCGCGCCGCGGGACCUGCGCACCGCCGUCGCGGCCCAGGCCGCGGCGAAGCUCGAGGGCAAGUGCCUGCGGCGGCGCUGGCGCGGCGACUGGUGGACCUACGAGGUCUGCGUCGGCGACGCCGUGCGCCAGUUCCGCCAGCCGCCCGGCCGCGACCACGACGGCUUCGGCGUCCUGCCGGCGGCGGACGCGGCCGCGAGCCGGGACCCGGGGGGCUUCGCCAUCGGCGCCUUCUCGCACGUCGCCGUGGCGCCGGCGACGGGCGCGCUGAGCCACGUCUUCACAGGAGGAGACGCGUGCGACGUGACGGACGGCGAGCCGCGCGACGCGGCGGUCCGCUUCGCGUGCGUCGACGCGUUCCGCGGCCGGUCGAAGAAGGUCGCCCUCGCGAGCGCCGCGGAGACGGCGACGUGCUCCUACGACAUCGUCGUCCACCUCGCCGCGCUCUGCGAGCUCGACGACGACGCGGACCUCCACGAGAAGCGCGCCGCGGGCACGUCGACGAUCGACCACGUCGACUGCUUCCGCGACGCGGACGGAGAGGCGGGUAACGCGGCGAUGGAGCAGGCCUGCGCGAAGACGCUCGACGGCAAGCUCUACGACGCGAAAUACCACGCGCGAUGGACCGACGCGAUCCUCGACUCGAUGAACGACGCGCUCGCCGCGCUGUCGCCGAACUUCAAGUUCAUGUGCUCCUGCCUCCUCAUCCAGAAGCGCAGCCCGAGCAACAUCGCCACGGAGACCGUCGCCUACUGGAACGCGAAGACCGACGGCUUCGUCCACCACAAGUACGAGAGCCGGACCGUCGUCUGCGUCGUCCACGCGUUCGGCUGCGCGAUCUAG